CGCGCGAGUUGUGCGGCGCGCGCUCUUCCCUUGGUCUCUGUCUCACUCUCUCCGCUUCGGCCGCCUUCAGUGCGCGAGCGGAGGCGUUGGGUGGCGGGGCAAGGACGGGACGGGACGGGCUGGCCGGUGUUGGAUGGAGGCUCCCGUCCGCCUCGCCUGGUCUCUCUGGAAUGUACCGGGGAGCGGCUGCCGAGCGGGACCCAGGGCUCUAUGGGCGCUGCUGAGAGGCUCCUCAGUGACUCCAAGUAGACUGAAGCUCUUUGCUAUCAACCUUUCUAACCUGGCACUAUGCAUCCUGACCCUGGACCUUUACAAGAACUACUCUUCCUUACUGUAACAGUUUUUUUCUCGACCACAGCUUCAGAUCUGAUUCCUCAUUUUGUUUCUGAGCCCCUUUCUACCAUCCAGAAACCUGGUGUGACUGUGCAGCUUCACUGCUCUGCUGAGCCCACCACAGCUCAUGUAUCUUGGCUGUUCAAUGGAGAGAAAUUGCACAAGAAAGUGGACCAAGUAGAUCUACAACCAGGAUCCCUGACAAUCUAUUCUCUUAGCCCUUCUAAUUCUGGUGUUUACCAAUGUGUUGCCAAUAACAGCAUUGGUGGAGUAAUCAGCAGGCCUGCCACAGUGUCGAUUGCCUAUCUUGAUGACUUUGAGACUUCAGUGAAACAUGUAACUACAGUGGAACAAGGGAAUGCAGCUUUCAUUGCUUGCCAGCUACCAAAAAGUAAUCCAAAAGCACAGGUUCGCUUCCGUGUGCGGGGAAAAUUGCUAGAACAAUCAACAGAAAACUACCUAAUUCUCCCAUCGGGAAAUCUGCAAAUUUUGAGUGCAUCUUUAGAUGACCGAGGACUUUAUAAAUGUGCAGCGUAUAACCCAGUCACUGAUGAUCUCAAAGUUGAACCUAUGGGACAUAAACUCAUAAUCAGCACCUCUUCCUCAGAAGAUUUUCACAUUGUUCACCCUACCAGUUCUCAGGCUUUGGAAGUACCUCAGCACAGUCCUCUGAUGUUGGAAUGCGUUGUUAGUGGAUUGCCCUUACCCUAUGUCCACUGGUAUAAGGAUGGCCAAGAUGCUCUAGCUGGAGGCAGGUGGAGAAUGUUUCAUUCACAUCUUACAAUAGAUUCGCUUCACUCAUCAGAUGCUGGAAAUUAUUCCUGUGUAGUGGAUAACAAUUCUGGAGUUACGAAACAUGUAAACUUCAGCGUGAAUGUUCUUGAAUCUGCUUCUGUUGUGAAAGGAUUGCAGAAUCAAACUGCAUCUCUGGGAAAAACUGUGCAUUUUUCAUGUGAAGUACAUGGGAACCCUACACCUAACAUCACUUGGUUCCAUAACGCAGCUCCUGUCCAUCUCUCUCCUCGACCCUUACCUUCAGGAAGCAAACUGAGAAUUAGUGGUAUCACCAGAGAAGAUGCAGGGUUGUACCAGUGUUUAGUCAGCAAUGGUAUUGGAUUUGUUCAGUCUACUGGGAGACUUCAUUUACAAGCAGAAAGAGGUUCCAAGCCAGUGAUAACCUCACCACCAGCAAACAUCGAAGUUCCAGACGGUGACACGGUUACACUGUCCUGCAAUGCAACUGGACUGCCUGUUCCUGUAAUUCGUUGGUAUAACAGCCAUGGACUGAUUACCAACCAUCCUUCACAAGUUCUGUAUUCAAAACCAAGGAAAUCAUCCUCACAAGCAAGAGCUGGCAACUCGGUUUCAGAUAGAGCCUACUUCAUCAUGUCUCGGGCUGGAUCAAGCUCCCUAUAUAUCCAGCCUGUUACACCAGAGUAUGCGGGGAAAUAUACCUGUGAAGCAACCAAUGAACAUGGCGUGGCUCUUUCAGAAGCUUUCCUUACAGUUGUUUCUUAUGAAGCUAGUAUGAAGCCAGAUGCAGCAGCUCCUGUGGAAGCUGCUCAGGGUGAUGAAGGUGAUGGAGAUUCUGAUUCAGGAAUGGCCCUCCCAAGUUUAUCCCCCACUGAGAUGACUGAUGAAGCUGCUACAGAAGAAGCUUUGAAUGGCGUUUCUCCACCUGAUGCUCCAAUCAUUCUCAGCCCUCCACAGACACUUAAACCUGACCAGUACAACCUUGUGUGGAGGCCUGGAAAGGACGGCGGCCUGCCAGUUAAUUUCUAUUUUGUGAAAUAUCGUAAGCUGGAUGAUAAUGUCAAUGUGUCCAGUUGGAAUACAAUUCGUGUUCCUGGAAGUGAAAAUGAACUUCGUCUCUCAGAACUGGAACCCUCCAGUCUUUAUGAAGUCUUGAUGGUAGCUAGAAGUGCUGCUGGUGAAGGGCAACCUUCUAUGCUUACUUUUCGUACCAGCAAAGAAAGAUCAUCCUCCUCAAAAAACACACAGACCCCAUCUCAACCAGUUGGCAUUCCUAAGCACCCUGUCAUUCAGGAAGGGUCAACCAACAAUUUUGGUGUAGUCCUUCCAGAUUCGUCUCGACAUAGUGGAGUUCCGGAGGCACCAGAUCGACCUACUAUCUCUACAGCUUCGGAGACAUCUGUUUAUGUCACUUGGAUCCCACGAGCGAAUGGUGGAUCUCCUAUUACAGCCUUUAAAGUAGAAUAUAAGCGCACGAGCAAGAAUGGUGACUGGAAGGUUGCAGCUGAUAACAUCUCCCCUUCCAAACUUUCAGUCGAAGUUCGCUUUUUGGAACCAGGAGCCACCUAUAAAUUCCGAGUGAUUGCUAUCAAUAAUUAUGGGGAGAGCCCACGAAGUUCUGCAUCUCGGCCUUAUCAAGUAGCUGGCUUUACCAACCGAUUUUCCAACCGGCCCAUAACAGGCCCUCACAUUGCUUAUACAGAGGCAGUCAGCGAUACACAGAUCAUGUUAAAAUGGACUUACAUUACUUCGAAUAACAACAAUACACCUAUUCAAGGUUUUUAUAUCUACUAUCGGCCAACAGAUAGCGACAAUGAUAGUGACUAUAAGCGAGAUGUUGUAGAAGGUACCAAACAGUUGCACUUGAUAAGCCACCUCCAACCUGAAACAUCAUAUGAUAUCAAAAUGCAGUGUUAUAACGAAGGAGGAGAAAGUGAUUACAGCAAUGUAAUGAUCUGUGAAACCAAAGUCCGGCGUACACCUGGAGCAUCAGAAUACCCAGUGAAGGAUCUUAGCACACCACCUAAUUCUAUUGAUCGUGGAGCUGGAAGUAAUGCUGGUCAACCAAAUGGCCCUGUCCGGAGUAGUGACAUGCUGUACCUGAUUGUGGGAUGUGUCCUUGGAGUCAUGGUUCUUAUACUUAUAGUUUUCAUUGCCAUGUGUCUGUGGAAGAACCGCCAGCAAAAUGUCAUGCAGAAAUAUGACCCUCCUAGUUACCUCUAUCAAGGUGCUGAUAUCAAUGGGCAAAUAGUUGAGUAUACUACGUUGCCAGGCACAAGUCGUAUCAAUGGCAACAUCCAUGGAAACUUUAUCAGUAAUGGAAAUGUUACUAAUGGUUGCCUUCACCACCAUCACAAGAUUCCUAAUGGGAUGAAUGGGAUCAUGAAUGGUGUUGUGAAUGGAGGAACUGGUGUUUAUCCAGGACACACUAACUCUCUAUCUAGAGCUCAUGUAGAAUAUGAACAUACACAUCACCUAGGAAAUGGUGGUGGACUGUACACAGCAGUCCCUCAGAUAGACCCUUCUGAAUGUGCUAACUGCCGGAACUGUCGGAACAAUAACAGGUGUUUCACGAAAACCAGCACUUUUGGCAGCAGCGCUGUACCUGUGAUGCCCAUCAUAGCACCUUAUCAGCAGGACAGCUUAGAGAUGAAGCCGCUGAAUCAUGUGAUGGUUGCUAUGUGCUUAACGCCACCAGUCCCCGGGUGCAGUACUGAGACGGAAGAUGAUGGCAAGGAGAAUGGGGAGUCCUUGUCUUCCCAGGAUUCUUACUGCCAAGAAAAUGUGAAUCCGCUCCAUACGGAUUGUACAGAAGAGAAUGGUUCACAUUUGGAAACAUCCAAUCACAUGCUGAGCUGGAGCCCACUUAUUCUUCAACCUCUUUCAAAAGACUGUAAUGACAAAACAGAAGGGAUUUCGAAUGGAGUUACGUUGGACAGUUUGGGGGGCCUUCGGCAGCUCCACCUACAGGAGACUUGAGGAAGCAACCAUUUUCCCCUCUUAAAGCCAGUAGCUGCACAGCCGAGUCGCUGAAAGGGACUGAUGACAGGAUGUUAAUUAUAAGAGUCACUAUUUAUUAUUUGAGUGUAGUGUCCUAUGAAUGUAAUUUUUAAAAAAGAAAUCUUUUGCCUUUUCAUAUUAUUUAUGUCUUGAGAAAUUCUUCCCCACCCUUCCCAGAUUGAAAGAUAAUCGCCCCUUUGUGAUUAUCUAACAGGUCUGUAGUCAUUAUUGGGAAACAUAUUAGGGUGCCUUCCAUGAGUAGAUACUGUUUUGCAAACCGUGCUUGCUGCAGAGUGAGGUGCAUCCAGCCAGCUUUUCUGCUGAUAAAAAGGAGGGGUGCCCUUGGGUUACUUAAAAAGUUGUGCUGGUGUUAUGAGACCUGCCUGAGUAGAAGCCAGCUGGGGCAGAGGCUGUAGUAAGCAAAGGAGUUAGACAAGAUUGAGUCGGAAAGGUUGAUUGGAUUCACACUGGAGGAAGCAUUUGUUGAACCUGCUUAUUGAGAAUGGUUUAGACUCUAGCUUGUCUGCAGGUUAAGCAUCUAACGUUUGGGCUAUGAUCUUUCAGGAAGAUUGCAGUGAAUGGAAGUAGAACAAAUUGAAGCACUGCUCCAAAUGAUCCAGCUGUUUUAACUGUUACAGCACAUUAGGGAAAUAGUUCUUAAAAGGCAAAAAUGAAAAGGUUGCCUUUGUACCAAUAACUACGUGAAUCCUAACUCUGCACGCCAAAUAGGUCAGUCAGUACUGGGGAAAGCUGGCUGUCCAGUGGCAUGCUUGCAACAGGGCUCAUCUGAGUGACAGUACUAGACAGGAGUGCAGAGUUCUUGUUGUACUCAUCCUAGGUAGGAAGACACAGUGUAUCUUUGAGAAGCUCAUGCAUAGCCCCUCCUGCUGGGUAGAAAACUUAAGCAUGACUAUUCUUCGCUGGUGUCCCUUGUUGCACUUCUAAAUAUUUUGAAAUGUCUCCUGGCAUUCCCUUGCUGUUUCCUAUAAUAUAUGCUUUUUUCUUAAGUCUGGUUAAUUUUUAAUGGCAUAGUAGUGGCUGUCCAAAAAGCAAAUGAGCAGCAACAAUUUUGAUGUGUCUGUGGGAUAGGAAAGCAAACAAAAUGAAUUAGAAACAGUUCCUCCUCCCAUUCUGUUGUUGAGGGCGCUGUUUAAUUAACUAAGUGGACGCACACAAAAGUAAUUUAUACUGAAGAGAAUACAGGAGAAUGACCACAGUGGGGGAGAUUCAGAAUGUUUGUGUAGACUAAUCACAAGGAAAUCAGUGCCUUUUAAUUGAUGCACUAAUUUAAUGCAAAAAAAAAAGUGAGCAUUAAAUGGGGACACGUUUGGGAAGCGGAUGCAGACUUAACUAGCUGUCGGCAGUUGUAUUGAGGAGCCCAUCUCGUAGAGCCGUUGGUGCAAAUGCAUCGUACGUGAGAAUCUAAAGCUUGUGUGCUCCUUUGUGGAAAUUGGUCCAGAAGAAGGUCCUGCUGUCCCUGUUUUGUAAAUACACUGGAGCAGAGGGGGGGUGGGGAAAUCAAGCAUUUAUGAUGAGGUUUCUGAUCAAUGUUUUUGCUAUAUUUGGUUUAUAUACCGGGUUCAAAAUGGAAUCCUUUUGCCUUGGUCUUUCCAAAGAUAUCUGUGCUUGUACUGUCUUUAACGCCUUUUAAAAAAUGUUGGGAGUAGGGUGUGUAUAUGCAAAACUGGGCAGCUAGGAAUAGUGGCACAGAAUCCCUGCUUCACUUUAUUGACUAAAAAUGCAUCGAUUCCGCUUCACCCUCCGCUGUUAAGAUGUGGCGUCAGACUUGCCAUGAGUUGUAUAACAGCUGCGUGUACUGCUUUAAGAAAUCUGCCUGUGUCUCAGAAAUAGCAGAGGGCGUGUGAUGUAUGUCUCGCAAGGCAAGCUGCAUAUUUUCCCCUCCUGGUUUUAACCAGCAUAAAUAAAACAAACUUGCACUUGUAAAACACCUUUUCCAAGAAUCAGAGGCACAUAAAUUUAAAAUUACAGUUGCCCCAAGGCAAUAUGAAUUAAUUUUUCUUAGCUAGAGACAGGAACCAGAAACACCCCAUUCAAGGGGGAGGCAGAAGAGAGCAAAGCGGCCCAAAUAAAAAUUGCAACCCCCCCCCCCCCCCUUAUAGAAGCGCGGAGGAGAUGCCCGCAGGUGCAAUGUACCACACUGUGUGUGUGUGUGAUGAAAACAAGUUUUGUGUUUUUAUAACUGCUGCAGCAAAUGUCAAAUGCUGUACGUGUGUAUAUAGUGUGUGAUAUAUUUUAUAUAAUAUAUGAUAUGAUAUAUAUUAUAUAAUUUUAUAAAUAAGGCUCCCUAAUGAGAAUUUGCAGUACGUUUUUCUGGGUUACUAUGCAAGGAUAUUCUCCACUAGGAAACAAGUUGGCACAAGACAUGGUUUGGUUAAUGGGCCUAUAGAAAGUCUCUGCUAUGUGUCUCCACACUGAACUGAUAACGUAUUGAGACUUCCAAAGGAUUAUGUUUUGUAGCUGUAGAAAAAGAAUCAGUCCUGUAAGUUAGUGUGACCUGUCAUGUGCAAUGCCCUUGCUGGUUUGGACAUAAAUGGAUGCCUUUCCCAAGAACAAAAAUGUCAGCAUAAUUUUGAAGUGGGAAUUCAAGGCAUCGUUUCAGUAACAUGGAGCCAGUUUGAUUCAAGAGACCCCAGGCAGGUAACAUGAGUCUUUAAAUGUUGUCAUAUUUGGAGGCUGUGACAGUCUUAAGUAAACUGUUGUAUUAGUAGAAUCUCAUCAAGGAAUGCUUUAUUUAUAUCGUGUGACACUGUUUUAAGUGUUUCCCCCCUUUUAUUGUAUUUUUAUUUAUAAAAGUUAUAUAUUGCUUUAAUAUUUUAGGGGGAUGUGUGUGCUUUCCCAACUAUAGGUAUGUUCUUAUGAACCUUACAAAGCUUAUGCAUGUGGCCCUUUCACAAAUCCAAGCGGCCAUUCCGAUUUCUAAUUUUGGCUCGCAAAGUUUGCCCGGGAAGCUAGGAAAAUCUUGUUUGUCUGACACUUAGCGUUUUGCCAUCCUACUUCAUAUGGUUUUAUUUUGCUGCCUUGUCAAAAAAUUUUAAGCCCAGUAAUCUUGUGGGCUUCCUUGGAAGCCCCUAAAGCACUUUUGUAAGAGUUCUUUUGUGAGAUUUUCUCAUUUAAAAUCUUCAGAAUGCCAGCUUUUUAAUAUAUCAAGUCCUCAUGUUUACAGAGGACUUUGAAUGUAUGUGUUCAAAACUUGGUAAGCAAGGAGAAAUCUAAACUGUUCAUGUUAAUGGUUGCUUGGUCUUUUAAGACAUCUUUGUAUUGUAUGGCUGUUGGGAAGCUUUAUCCCCCAUACUUCUGAAAUUCACUUUCAGAUUGUUAUACAGCUGCCUGGUUAAGAAUGAGAUGAGUUAGGUGAGCGAUGUCUGGUUACGCCAUAGCUAUUCAUGUUAGCUCAUGGCUUAUUUCCCCCAGUUGUAAGUACAGGGAGCUCCCAGAGGGUAUCCCAAAUGGCUUUCAGUUGCAUUCUGGGAUGCCACACUGCAAGCAUGUCCCACUGGAAUUGACCUGCAGUCAGGUUGGCGCUGAAGCGGUUCCACAUCAGUAAUUUCUUGAGCUCAGACAAGAUUUCAGCUUCCCUGAGGGUACUCAUCCUUAGCUGUUCACGUUCUUCCUCACCCUUGAGCCUCUAAAAAGUCACUUGGCUAAAACAAAGUAUUGAUGUCUAAGCAAUAGGCGGUUUUUAUAUUUUGUACUUUUGUCGUCUUGCAAAUAAAUGAUUUAAAGAUGCAUGUCUUUUGUAUCAUAUAGAAAAUAUACUAUAUUUUCCCUUUUAAAAGUUGUAAUCUUUUUUUGGAAGUGUACAUAUGUUUAAAUGAUGUAGUUUGGGGCAGGAUUUUUCUUAUGUUUUAAUAUUAAAGAGAAUGCUGCUGCUUUGUCUAAUGACGAGCGUAAUAA